AAAUAAUUUGAGGUAUGUCGUCCUCAAAGCUAGCUAUACGACAGGACAUGCCCCCUAAAGGGGGCUAUGCUCCGAUCCACUGGAAAAGAUACGCUCCAAAGCGUACCAUCCCCGGGUAUUUUAUCUUCUCAGCCUGGCUGGGUGGUGCUAUUUACUGCUACUCUAAGAUGGCCCUGAUGCGCUUCGAGCAGAGGGUUAACGAUCACCAAGAGUACCAUAUAAGGAAAAACAUGUACCCCUUUAUCUGGGCUGAACAAGACAGAAGGAUGGUGCGGGCACGGAAACAACACGAAGAGGACCUGGCUUUGAUUGGAGCCGGGACUGACUGGGACUGCCAUCGGAGGACAUAUGCGCAGGAAGAGGUUUGGACGCCGUGGAAUCCGCGGGAAAUGAGGGUCCUGCUCACAGACGAGGAACGUGUCGCACUCGGAGGUCAGCCGUCCAGGUACAGUCAGAACGAUCUGUAUCAGAACUACCACUGGCAGAUCGAUGCCCAUGAGAAUCGGUGGAAGAACUGGUCCGACGAAAAAGAACGAAAUGCGGGUGUCAGUCAACGUGAACUUGGUCCUGAUGGCUCUGAUUAUCAAAAAUAAUAACUUUUCUGAUAGGGAUAAACUUUGUUUUAUAGCAAAUAGACCGUACGAUCAACUUGUGCUUUACAUCAAGAAACACCCAGCAACAGUAGUAACUCUUCGUUUGGAUAUAUCCAGUUGAGAUCUGUAAAUUGUAUUACUUCACACUACUUUAGAGUUUGAAUCGUGAUCACAGAUCAGCUGUUCGCUUUAAUGGAGCUCCGGUGAUAAUGAUCAUCUAACAUGUCUUAGUUUAAAUUAUUGGAGUCAAAAUCAAAUCAUCGACAUUCGUCAAUAAACCUUUUACUCGCUGGAGGACGAACUAGAAAUUUUGAUAUUUAACUUGCCUCGUUUUUUGUAUUAGAAGACUAUGAAAUCCUUCUUGGUAACCACAAUUAUGAUUUUCAUGAUUUGUUUAACUUAUUCGAUAUAAAAUGCA